AUGAAUAAGAGUGAAGAAGGAAAGGUGGUAUGUGUCACUGGUGCAUCUGGUUACAUUGCAUCAUGGAUUGUUAAGUUUCUUCUCCAACGUGGUUACACUGUUAGAGCCACUGUUCGUAAUAUCAGUAAUCCAAAUAAGGUCGAACACUUGCUUAGACUUGAUGGUGCAAAGGAAAGGUUGCAACUCUUUAAGGCGGAUCUGUUAGAAGAAGGCUCAUUUGAUUCUGCUAUUCACGGUUGUCAUGGUGUCUUUCAUACUGCUUCGCCGGUUCAUUUCGUUGUCGAGGACCCUCUGACACAGUUAAUUGAUCCUGCUGUGAAGGGAACUCUUAAUGUAUUGAAGUCAUGUGCGAAAUCGGCAUCAGUUAAACGAGUUGUUUUAACUUCUUCUAUUGCCACGGCUUUAUACAACGGCACGCCUCGAACACCGGAAGUUGUAGUUGAUGAGACAUGGUUUUCAAGUUCAGAUUUCUUAUUGGAAAAUAAGAUGUGGUAUCAAUUUGCAAAGACUUCAGCAGAGGAAGCUGCUAACAAAUUUCUAACAGAAAACAAUAUUGACUUCGUUGUUAUGAAUCCAGCUGUGGCGUUAGGGCCUCUCUUGCAACCGGAGCUUAACGAUAGUUCUACUUUGAUUCUUAACUUAAUAAAUGGAUCAGAAACAUUUAUGAAUGCUGCUUUUGGAUGGAUCAAUGUGAAGGAUGUUGCAAAUGCGCAUAUUCUGGCCUAUGAAAAUUCUUCUGCUAGCGGAAGAUAUUGUGUGGUUGAAAGAGUGAUACAUUUCUCUGAACUUAUUAAGAUUUUACGUGAUAUGUAUCCAACAUUGCGAAUUCCGAACAAGUGUGCAGAUGAAAAGCCAUUGAUGCAAAUAUUUCAAGUUUCUAAAGAGAAGGCAAAGAAGUUAGGAGUUGAAUUUAUUCCAUUAGAAGUGAGCCUGAGAGAGAUAAUAGAAAGUUUAAGAGAGAAAAAGUUUGUUGACUUCUAA